AAGAAAGUAAAGGAGAGAGAUAGUCGGAGGUGAAAGUGACAUGUUAGAGAAGGUGGAGGACUUGAAAAAAAAUAGAAUCUUCCCAGCCCAGCCAAACACACCAACCCAACACAAGGCUGCAGUUUCCCACAAGCAAAGCAAUAGAUUGAUUGAUUAUAUUUCAUAUCAUAUCGUUUGUCUCAUAGACAUCUCCAUCCGAUGGCCGUCGUCUCUAUCCCCACAUGGAAUUCGGCGCUGGUAACUUCAUCUUCUAUCUCAUCGUCGAAGCUUGCCAAUCUAUCAUCCCUGCAAUGUCAACCACACCUUCCUACUCCUCGUACGGCGCUCACUUAUCGUCGAAGCAAGCGUUCAUCGCUUCCCAUAGUUGCAGCAAAGAAGCAAACAUUUUCGUCCCUGGAUGAUUUACUUGAAAAGGCUGAGAAGCCUGUGUUGGUUGACUUUUAUGCAACCUGGUGUGGCCCAUGUCAGUUUAUGGGUCCUAUACUUAACGAAGUUAGUGUUAGCAUGGGAGAUAGUAUCCAAGUGGUGAAGAUUGACACUGAGAAAUAUCCUGAAAUUGCAAACAAGUACAGCAUCGAGGCCUUGCCAACUUUCAUCCUGUUCAAGGAUGGAAAGCCUUGCGACCGUUUUGAAGGAGCUAUGACAGCAAACCAGCUGAUCCAGCGAAUCGAGGGUACCCUGGCUAACCCUUAACAAAGAGUUUUCAGUACAUUUUCAUUUUAAAAGUGCUACUUUGUUACUUGCAUUGACCUAGCAAUUCAACAUUGUGUAUUACUGUUAUUUUUCAACUCCAUUCCUGGUUAAUAGUAAGUCUCAUUUUACAUUAUUAAUAUGUAUUGAUCAUUGUAACAUAUUUAUAAAUACGCGUGGCAAGACUUUCUUUUCUUUUA